AUGGACUACCUUAAGGAGCAAAACCUGGAGUUUAGGUGUGAGCCGUGCAACAAAACUAGAAGGAAAAGUAUGCGUCUGGAGUAUGCCGAGGGAGGGCUGACGCUGGAGACCGUCAUGAACACUCUAAAGGAAAUGCAGGAAGUGCAGAAAAACAAUGCGGCGGACUUCAACAAAGUGUAUGAGGCUCUGCAUACUGGGCUACAAGAGAACACCGGUACUCUGAGAGGCGGCAUGGAGAGAAUUGAGGAGUACGUUAAGGAAAUUGAUGAACUGAAACGUGAAAAUGCAGCACUAAAGAGUAAAGUGGUGAAUCUGGAGCAGCGGGUUGAAGAUCUGGAAAACUACUCUAGGAGGAAUUGUCUAGAAAUACACGGGAUUCCUGAAGGGCGGGGUGAGAGGGUCUCUGACGUCGUGAAAGAGGUGGGGAAAGCACUGAACAUGAACAUUGAUGAGGGAAUGAUUGAUGCUUGUCACCGAAUCGGUAGGAAAGGUUCUGAGAAGGACCGUCCAAGGGGAAUCAUCGUGAAGUUUGUGCGUAGAACUGACAGGGAUGCGCUGAUGAACAAGAGGCGAGAGCGAAAGAAGGACUUCUCGACCCGUCACUUAGGCUUGAACACCGACAUCCCCAUCUUCGUCAACGACUCACUGUCACCAUCAAGGAGGAGGCUCUUCGCACUGGCUCGGCAACAGAAGAAGGACAAAGGCUACAAAUAUCUAUGGCUGCGGAAUGGAAACAUCCUGAUGAGGCAACACGACGGAGGGGAAAUUAUUGAAAUUAGAACCCAGGCUGAUCUCAGUAAUCUGUAA